AUGGAGAACACCGAAGAUGAUCCUGUUCAAGAUCAUACCGCCAUUGGAGACGAGCUGUAUGCCCUGUUUGCAGAUCAAGGUGAUCUGCAAACCCUCCAGCUAGCGAUUGGUCAUUACAACGCAGCCCUCGCUGAAGAUGUCCUUGAUUCCCAAUGCAGCAGAAGCGACCAACUUUUGAAGAUGGGCACUGCACUGUCUCGGCGUUUCGAUCUCGUUGGUGAUACCGCUGACUUGGACGUUGCCAUCAAAUGUCACCGUGUGGCCAUUGACCUUCAAACGCCGGACAGUCCCGAUGUCCCCAUCAUGCAUGCCAAGCAUGCUCAAAUGCUCAUGAAGCGCUUUGGACUCCAAGUGAACCAAUCAGACCUUGAUCGAGCAAUUGAGCAAUACGCAUGCAUCUCCGAUCAAACCGAUCCUACACACGAAACAUGGCUUAUUGCCCUCGCCGAUGCACUGUCUGUAGUCAACUUCGAUGCAUCCAACGCACCCACUUUUGUGCUUGGGAAUCUAUCCCUCGCGCAUUUCUUUCGCUACCAACAGGAAGGUGACGCUCCAGAUCUCACAUCAUCCAUUGCCUACUCUACAGAAGCUCUUGAUAAGAUACCCUCCGAAGAUCAAAACUGUUCCGUCCUGCUCAAUAACCUUGCGAACGGCUUAAUUUCUCGCUUCAAAAAGCUCGGGAGCACUGAUGACUUGGAGCAAGCCAUCAAGUCCUACGGUUCUGUUAUUGAACUAUGUCCGGCGGGGCACAAAGGGCGUCUCCAUGCCCUCAGUAAUCUAGCGAGUGCAAUCAUGACCCGUUACGAACUCCAAGCGUCUCUAGCAGACCUUGAAAUCUCUUUGGGUUACUUCCAUGAAGCGCUCAAAAUUUGCCCCAGAAACCAUUUAGAUCGAGCCACAUUGCUCGAUAACCUUGCGACUACCCUCCGCAAGCGUUUUGAACGCACCGGAGACAUAGUUGACCUGGAAACAGCCAUCGAAAAUCACUAUGAAGCACUACAUGUUUUGCCGCCGUCUCAUCCCCAUCACUCUGACACAUUAUGCUCGCUUGGGAACGCCCUCCAGUCCCGGUUUGCGUUUCAGGGGGAUCCUAAUGACCUUGACGCAGCUGUAGACCGCUACAGCGAGGCCCUCCGCCUGCGUCCUCCAUCACAUCCAGAACGUGCUGAUUUGUUAAACAACCUUGCCAACGUCGCUUGCAAACUGUUUAACGAAUGGGAAAACCCACAUCAUCUCGACCUAUGCAUCGAGUACUACUCUGAAGCGCUCCAGUUUAGCCCAGAAGGGUAUCGUCGGCCGUUGUUGCUUCACAAUCUCGCCUCAUCUCUUACGACACGUUUCGUGUACCAUAAUGACGUCAAGGACCUGGACCGGGCAUUGGAGCUAGGUGCUUCUGCAUUGAAACUACGUGAAGAAGGCAAUGUAUAUAGAUUAUCCUCUCACGUGGUGCUAGCGAACGCAAAGGGUCUCAAAUACAAACUUGAAGGUGAUCCUGCCAUGCUUCAAGCUGCAUUUCAGCAUCUUGACGAGGCAAGCAGUACAUGCACUCCUGGUCAUCCGUCCCUUCUCGACAUCUGGGAAGAGUAUUCCCGUAUCCACCUUCAUGCCUACUCCAAGGCACCGCAAUCUACAGACCACAUGGAAGAAGCAUUUCGGUACUUUAGAAUGGCGUCAACUCACACAUCCGGGGGUUCGCUGCCCAAAUUCGACGUUGCGUUACGAUGGAUUAAAGAAGCGGAGACACAUAAGCACUCAUCAGCACUGGAUGCCUACCAGAUUGCUUUGAGCAUGUUCGACCGUCAUGUCGCAAUGACUCCGUCCAUAGAAUCACGGCAUCGCAUAGUGUGUAAAUACGCAGCCUCGUUGGCUGUAGACGCCGCAUCGUGUGCUCUCAGACGUGGGCUGGUCACACUCGCCGUGGAGAUGCUGGAGCACGGACGAGGUCUUCUAUGGACAUACCUCGCCCGUUUCCGGACGCCUCUGGAUGACUUGCAGAGCGUCGGUGAACGUGGCUGCCAACUAGCCUCUGAAUUUCUAAGGCUGAGCCCCCUUCUCGAAGACACAGCGUGUGGUGCUGUGACUGAAGAGGGGUUACACCACUACCGAUGUCUCCUCCGGGAAUGGGACGGUGUGGUAGAUCAGAUUAGGCUCGUAGACGGGUUCGGUGACUUUCUUCUCACACCGAGCUUUUCUAAGCUUAAGGAAGCUGCAAAAAAUGGGCCAGUGAUCAUCACCAAUGCCAGCCGAUACUCUUGUGAUGCAGUAAUCAUCCAUCACAAGCACGACCCAAUCCACAUCUCCCUGACUGACAUCAACGCAUCCGAUAUCCUUCGAUUGUCUUCCCAGUUCAGGGACUUUGCUACCAAUCGCGGCAGAGGACGCUCCACAGAAGGGCAGCUUACUGAGUUACUACGUCAAAUAUGGGACGCUGUCGUCCUUCCUGUGGUCAAAAAACUAGAUUCCUCUCUUCACCUUCCCAAAGGUUCGAGGAUAUGGUGGUGUCCCACUGGUCGUUUCAAUAGCAUCCCGCUCCACGCAGCAGGCCCGUUCUCGAGAGGAGAGGAAGGUCUGCCCAAUCGCUAUGUUUCAUCCUACACACCGACCCUUUCUGCACUCCUGCGGUGCCAAAAACCACGUCACGUUCUCAACGAUAAGACCCCUCCACGGGUUUUGGCAAUAGGACAGGCAGCACCCGCCGGUGGUUUUGCGAAGCUCGGGACCGUUGAUGAAGAACUCGAUUCGCUUCAAAGCAUCUUAGCGCCCGCCAUUCCGAUGACACGAAUGACUGGCGAAGGCGCAACAUGCUCAGAGUCCCUCCGCGCUAUUCAUACAAUGCCCUUGGGUUCACCUUACCUGCCAUGGGAAGCAAGAUGUGACUCGCCCUCUCAAGUCAUGCUUUGCCAUGAGCGACGGACCCCUGACGCUCUUGGACAUCGUUCACGCACCAUCCGAAUCCCCCCAGACGAAGUUGUGCAUCUUGCUGCUGCGAUGCAGUUUACUGGCUUUAGGGGAGUUGUUGGAACUAUGUGGGCUGUGGAUGACGCUGUCGUGGUCAAUAUGGUCUCGGCGUUUUACGAAGCCCUCCUCGAAAAAUCACCGGAGGGAUUAGAUUCUGAGCAUGCAGCACUGGCUUUGAAUACAGCUGCAAAGAGAGUGGAUAAAAGUGUCGUUCCAUUGGAACAGAGGAUUGUGUUCAUCCACAUUGGAGCAUGA